AUGUCUUUGAGGAUUUUCUCCCUCUUCAGACUCGUCGCCGCUGCUUCGAGCCAGAUCUCUGUGCCAACCGACUUUGACUUCCGCGCCGCGGCUCAAUCCAUCUCGGCCGAAUUGAGCUCUCCAUCAUUUGACAAGCAAGAGCUGAUCGACAUCAUAGACACCAUCUACCGCAGUACAAAGAAGGGGCGGGGUCAAGUCGUGUCUCCAAAGGACUACUCGACCCGCUAUUGGUACUAG